AUGCUGCAGGAUGACGAGGAGACACCUCUUCUACAACGACCGGAGCAGCCAACGACUAGGACACCUCUGCCCUGGGACCAAUUAUGGAUUAUACUGCUCUCGCAGCUGUCAGAUCCUCUUGCCUCUCAGACCCUUACCCCGUUUAUACCCCAACUCAUUAGAGACAUCGGAGUGAUUCACGGAGACGAAUCCCACGUUGGUUACUAUGUCGGCAUCCUUCAAUCGUCAUACUAUGCAGUUCAUGCACUGACUAUUUUUCAUUGGGGUCAACUGUCUGACCACAUUGGGCGGAAGCCUGUAAUACUGACAGCUCUAUUAGCACUUUCUGUUUCGAUGGUUUCGUUUGGGCUGUCGAAGACCUUCCUUGGUCUGGUAGUUAGUCGUGUUGUCUGCGGAGCAUUUGACGCGAGCAGUAGUGUCAUCGAGAGCAUGGUGAUGGACAUCACUGACGCAACCAAUAUGCCCAAGGCAUACAGUUAUAUGCCAAUUCCGUGGAUGAUCGGAGCCGUAGUUGGACCACUCAUUGGGGGAUCGCUCUCCCGACCAGCAGACAGAUUCCCUGAUAUCUUUAGGCGAUCGGAACUCCUGAAAACCUACCCAUAUCUCUUACCAUGCUCUAUACCGACAAUUUUUAUAUCAGUAGUUUGGCUAGUCACGUAUUUCGGUCUUAAAGAGAGCGUUUCAACCAGGACACCACUUUGGGAGCUAGUCAAAAGAAGAUGCUUCCGACAGUCAUACGCAAAGCCUCGCCAGCUGUCGAGCAAUGUGCUCGUUAAUACUGGAGAAGCCCAUCUUGAAGAAGUCCAAUCAAAGCCGCUUCCGCUGCGCGCCUUGUUGACACCGAAAGUUUCGGCCGUCACAGCAAGUAAUGCCACCAUGGGCCUGUUUCGCAUUGCGUUUAAUUCAGUCCUACCUAUUUUCUAUGCGACACCGAUUGCACUUGGCGGUCUUUCCCUUGACCCUCCUCGCAUCGGCGCUAUACUUGCGGCAUCAAGUGCCGCACAGGUCGUGGUUCAGCUGGUUUUCUUCGCUCGUUUACAUGAUCGCUUCGGUGCAGGAGCUAUCUAUACCACUGGCAUUAGUUCCAGCAUACCCACCGUCAUCUUAUUUCCAGUGAUCAAUACUCUGGCUCGAGCCCAUGGGAUAGGUUGGGCAGUGUGGUUAUGUAUUGCCAUCCAGCAUGCGCUGACGAUCAGCCUGAUCAUGUGCUACUGUUACAGUUCUAUUUCUUUCCCUUUCACCUCUUCACUUAUUUCACCUUAUCACACAUUCACAGAACAUUCUAUAACAUUCUAUCGUACGAUUCCCUUUCUCUUUUCUGAUUCGCUAUUUACUUUCCAUCUCCGAUUCAUUUAUUAA